ACGGCAAAGCUUCGUCAGCGCCAACGCGCGGCGGCCGGGCGCUCCGGGAGAGGUGCCAGCGCUGGACGUGGCCUUUGCCUGGGCACAAACAGCUCCUUCAUUAGCAGAGGGACGGGGAGCUGGGGGCUCGGGAAGCCACCAGGGAAAGGGAGCUGCCAACAGCCCCCCAGCCUCCUCCCCGGCAACGCGCUCCGUGCUCUCCUACUCCCCCGCACUUCCCGGGAAGGUGUCUCUUGCAGCGGGACGGGGGCCUCCUCCUCACCAGGGUAGGUACCUCUCUCCUCUGGCACGUCAUCCUGGGGAUGGCAGCACCCAAGGUCGCAGUGGUUGGUGCGGGAGUCAUCGGCCUGUCCACAGCGCUGUGCAUCAUGGAGACUUAUCCCAGCUGCUCUGUGACCAUCCUUUCAGAGCAGUUCAGCCCCAACACAACAAGUGAUGUUGCAGCUGGGAUGCUCAUCCCUCACAUCUACCCAGACACACCGAUCCACGUGCAGAAGCAGUGGUUCAAAGAAACCUUUACUUACCUUUUUGCCAUCGGCAACUCAACUGAGGCAUCAGAGGCUGGCAUUCACCUGGUUUCUGGGUGGCAGGUCUUUAAAAACACUCCCAAGGAAGAGUUACCUUUCUGGUCGGACGUUGUCCUGGCAUUUCGACCAAUGUCCAAAGCAGAACUCCAAAAGUUUCCACAGCAUCGAUCUGGUCAGGCCUUUACAACACUGAAAUGUGACUGUCCACCCUACCUGUUGUGGCUGGAGAAAAGGUUGAAAGCAACCGGCAUCCAGAUGUACACCAGAAAAGUUGCAGACUUGUGGGAGCUGCAUAGCAAGUAUGACAUCGUCGUCAACUGUGCAGGCAUUGGAGCCCACCAGCUGGUAGGGGACAAGAAGCUCCUUCCUGUCAGAGGACAAGUACUCAAGGUUCAUGCUCCUUGGGUGAAAAACUUCAUCCGGGAUGGGGAUGGCUUAACUUACAUCUACCCAGGCAUACACAGGAUAACCCUGGGGGGAACCAGGGAAAAGGGGAACUGGAGUCUCUCCCCUGACCCUGGCACUACCAAAGACAUCUUUAACAGAUGCUGCUCCCUUGAGCCCUCACUGCGGGGAGCUCAAGACAUUCAGGUGAAGGUGGGCUUGAGGCCAUCCAGGCAGUGUGUGAGACUGCAGAGAGAGGUCUUGAGUCAAGGAGGAGUUAAGCUCCUGGUGGUCCACAACUAUGGUCAUGGUGCAGGUGGCUUUUCGGUGCACAGAGGCACAGCCAAAGAAGCUGCUUGCCUCGUGGGAGAGUGCAUUGCUGCCCUGCAAGGCUCCUCAUCAAAGGCCAAGCUUUGAAUCCCAGAGGCUCCCUUUCCAUUUACAACAGGCUAGUGUGGCAUCUCCUAGUAGCAGCUUUGGACUUCUAUUCCAUUACUGGAUAGGAGAAACCUAAGACAUCAGCUUGUGCCGUUGCAGAGGCUGAGUGGUAUCGCACCUGGCUUCCAGCUGCUGCUUUGGAAAGGCAUGAUGAGUUGAUUCAAAUAUUUGUCCAGUAUUUGCUCCUCCUCCGUCUGGCAUUGUUUCUGCCCCUGGGCAUUUCUUCUAGCCUCAUGUUAAAGAGAAGGCAGGAUAUUUAAAUAUUCUUCACAUAAUGGGGGUCACAUUGCUGCAGUAUUUAGCAUUUCUUCAUGUGCAGCUGGAGGAUAUCAGAUGCACUACGUUCACAUUCAGUAAAAACUAGUUGUUUCCUCUUGUGCCAAAUCUGAUCUAGUAUUGCCUUUACUCCUGCCAUCUUGGUAACAAACUUUACAAUUUUCCAUAUGGUUUACAAGGAAAAGAAGAUUCCUGCAGUGCUGCAUUCCAGUGCUCAGGGUCAGCUCUUACAGAAAGCAAUGUUAGUGCACAAUGACCAGGCAAGUGUGAUUUUAAGAGCAGGUAUGUGACACUGAUCACUGCAUUCACCCAUAUUACACCUCAGGGAUCUUAAUGCAAAGUUUUGAGAGAAGUUGCCCCAUAUGAGCUGUGGGUUUGCACACCGUUUCUCACACCUGUUUGCAAAUCUCUUUUUUUUGUCCCCAAGCCCUUCAGAUUUUGCUCACAGAGAGAGAUGAUUUUUUUCCUCCUACGAGCAGCAUUGACAUGGCCUAUGUUUGACAGAGAGUGUUUAUCAGAGUGGUCUUGGGAGUGCAAGCAUCUCUUUUCUACUUUGCAUUGGCACUGGCUGCUUUCCUUGCAACAGCUGGUAUGAAUGAAUCUGAGACAAACCAACAAGGAUCUUAACACCAGCUUCAGAGACCACCAGAACCCAGACACUCACUCUGUGGCAGAGGCUAAGUGGGCUUCUCAGCAAUUCCCCAAGCGUUUGAUGUGGCUGAAGGUAGUUGCUCCUAAAUCUGAGUUUACUGUCGAAGUAUAGGUCUUCCAGGGAUUAAGCCACUUAUUAGAUCUUAACUGGCUUAUUCAGAAGGAUUAACAUCCACUUUUGUGUAGGGUUUUUUUUUGACCUUAUAGUUACAAACCAAAUCAAAAUCCUUUAAGAGUUCACGUAAGUGAAAUGAACUGAUAAAGUUCUAAUAAUAGAGCAAAGGUCACUUCUCUAGUGUUCCUUUCAUAAACAAAGGGUUUUCUUUCAUUUGCGAUGACCUGACAGGGCCAAGAGAGGCCACAUUCAGACAUGGCUACCAACUCCUGCUGUUCUCAGGGGGUAUGAGGAUGGUUUCCUUCACAAGAGACAGCCGUCAGAAGAAACAUCACCAAAUUAACUAUAGGUCAAUAAGCGCCUGGGAUCAGCCUAAGCCAACCGUGCCUUCAGCAGCCUUGCCCUCUUCUCCUCAGCUCUGAAGGCUAAUCUUUCAUUCCCCCCACCCAUCAUUUGUCCUUUCCAGGAGUACAAAAGGGUAGAGCUGCUGCUUUGGCAGCAGUAUUGGCUUAAGGCUUGUCAAACUGCAGCUUUGUCCUCAGCUAACAUGGAAUGUAAAAAUACAUGGGAAAAGGUAUGAGACCAUCUGCAGAACCUGAGGGUGCACAAGUCCAUGGGAACUGAUGAGAUGCAGUUGCAGGUCCUGAAGGAGCUGGUGGGUGAGUUGGCUAAGCCACUAUCCAUCAUAUUUGAGAAGUUAUGGCAGUCCAGUGAAGUUCCCACUGACUGGAAAAAGGGAAAUGUUGGGGUUGUUCAGGCUGGAGAAGGCUCUAGUGAUGAUGAUUUUUGUAGGUCCUUGCAGGCAGUUUUGUAUUUUACUACCUUGAACAAGCUGGUACCACCACAGAGUGAGCCACUUCACUGUUUACUGCCUGACUGAUGGCUCUGUGUAUUAACCCACUGAUCCCUACAAGAUGUCACUGGUGACUUUUCUCUACUGUGAAAAACAGAUGAUUUAUUGUUCCCUUGUCUCUCUAUCCUAUAUGCAGUUGCUGACUCAUGAGAGGAUCUUCCCUCUUACCCCUUGGCGGAUUAGCUUCUUUAUGAAUCCCUGGUGACAGAUGUUACUAAGGGCUUUCCAGAAGCUGAGUAGAUCAUACUGAGUGGUUGCUUUAGUCUGCAGCUUCGCUGUUUCCUCUGAAGCUGUAAGAGGGUUGUGAAGCACAGCUUCAUAGCUCCUCACUGCAAAGCUCUGCCAGUUCUUCCCUCUCGGUGUGUAUCUCUCCUUGCAAAUAUUGUAUUACCACGGCUUUUACCAUUUGCCUGCUGUAUUAGAUUUAGUGGUCUGCAUUUCUCCAGAUCCCUCACAGCACUUAAAAUAAAACAAUGUCAUGAACCAUUCUCCUUUUUUUUCCAGCUGUUUCAAGUAAAAGUUUGUACACCAGUCCUAAUAGUGCAACAAUUAACCAUUUGCAUUCCUUAAAAUCUGCUUCUCAUGAAUUUGCUACUCUCCCUUCCAUCUAUUUGUUUUAAAACCUCAUCUAAUGGACUUUCAAUCUGAGGCAGCUUCUCUGCAUUAUUCCCUUAACAAAUAGCUCUGCUAUUGGAAUUUCACUAAACUUUUCUACACUGAAUGCAGACACAAGUAAUCUGUUUAACUGUUGUGUUAGGGCUUGUUUUCUCUCAGGCUUCUUUGCCAUGCUGAUCAUCUGCUCACUGCAUAUCCUGGUCACCUGCAGAACCUUCCAGCAAGCUCCCUGCUCCUGCUGGGGUAGAGGAAGCUUUUUGUCUAUUAGUUAUUUCCUCAAAAUCUUUUUUAGGCUGCCUUUCUGUUUCUGCUUUUAAUUUGACAGAGUUCAUGUCCUUUUCCUCAUUUGGAAGUGAUCUAUUUUGGUUCUUUGCCAUGUAAUUUUUAUUAUGCUAUUACAAUGAACCAGUAAUUAUUUUUCU